AUGGCUGAGGGCUUCACCGAGAUCCUAUCGCUAACCAGCUCGCUCUGUUUGUCUGUAGUCUCACGUGCCGCCUCAUGGCGACAUCCAUUCCGUCGCUGUAUUGUUGGCUGCCCCGACCGCCCCGACCCGUGCCCAGACUGCCCCUCUGGCCAGGAGUGUGUAAGCCGGCCGGCCACCUGUGAUACCUGCAUGGAGAAUGUCUGUGUCCCUGCCAUAGAAACAGGCUUGCCUGCUCAACCCUCCGGCCCGAACGUCGGCGCCAUCGCUGGCGGUGUCAUUGGGGCCAUCGCCAUCUUAGUCGUCAUCGUGGCCGUCGGAUACUGCAUUAAAAAGCGCAGAGUCGACGAGUACGACGAGAGCUGGAGCCCAGAGCUUGCCGAAAAACAAGAGGCUUUCGCCUCCCAGCGUCAAGGGCGCUUGUCAGCGGUCGGCUCCAUUGCCUCCACAGUGCUCACAAGGGCCUCAAAUGUCAUUCAGAUCGCCUACAUCCCCGGCGUAACAAACCGCUCACCGCCGGAUUCUCCCUCGAUGAUCCCACCUGUCCCUCCCAUCCCCGCCGCCCGGGCCAACUACGAUCAGCACUACUUCAUGCCCGGGGAUAUUCGUGAUUCGGUUUGGUCAAGCACCUCCGAAGAGACCCGCAGAAGCAUUGCUCCCAGCCUUGCUCGCAGCAGCGUAGCCACCACCAUUUAUCGAAGCAACGCUGUCGUUAGCCCGGUGCCUGCGCAACAGGCUUUGCGCGCAAAAGCCGCCAUGGUUAGCGUCAAAUCCGGCUCCACCACUCCCACCCUUUCCUCAAACCCAUCCCCUACCACUCUCACACCUGCGGUUCCGGCCAUCACUGUCACGCAAAUGAAUAAAGCCAACGCCGUUGCUGCCAAGUUAGAGCAGUCGGACAAAUUACCAGUGGGCUCUUCGAUCGUAGCGCGAACUGCAGUUGCUCGACCGAUCAACGUCACAAAGCCGAAAUACAAAAAGGCCGCUGAGGAUGAAAAGACUCACUCUGCAACCACCCCCAUCGAUGAGGACGACGUAAACUCCCCUCAGGGAGACACGGCCUCCUUUCCAGUCGAACUCGCAUCUCGGCAAAAAGUCGAAGGGCACCAGAGCAAAUCAAAGGCUCGCGAUUCCGUACAUUCGACGGCUGUGACGGUUAUCGACGACUCACCCACGGAAAAACAUGGGCCUUUUGCCGAUACUAACAGACCGGUCAGGCCGUCAGCAACCUCGUCUGCCAUCCCCGAGGAAAUUUCGAACCCGUCUCGCCGGAGUAUCGACUCGAAAGGUACCUCCGCGCAUCGUCAGCGAAACAGUCAAAGCUCCAACCGGCUUUUAGACCGGAGGGGUGAUCCGGCUAGUCAAGGAAGGCAGAAUAGCCCGUUCUCAGACGAUAACGAGGUCAUAUAG